AUGGCUCUCUAUUUCUGUGUUCCAUUUCGUGAGCUUCUUGGAUACUAUGGAAAUGAUGAAAUUCUAGGAGGAUUUGGAGAUAAUCUAAGAUGUUUACUAUUAUGGAUGAAGUUGUGGCCGCAACCCACCAGGUAUUCGAUGAAAUGCCUAGGUCGCUUCUUCAGUAACUUUGAUUUAUUCUGUCUAGAGUAUCUCAAAUACGUGGUGACCAACGGUCAUUUCAUAUCUUCCGUCAGAUGUGUGGUGGGGCUCCAUGUGCUCUUAAAGUUUCUUUCUGUUUGAUUUUUAUUCUGUCAUUGAAAAGGGAAAAAUAUUCAGUUUUUGUUAAACAGGCGAUAGAGUGUAAGUUUCCGAAUCAGAGUGGGUGUUUGAAAAUCAACGGUCUUGAUGAUGCCAUUACUUUGAAAAGCUAAUGGUGACUUUAGAAUUUAGGGUAUUUAAACCUCAUGGCUGAUACUAUUUAUUAAAUGAGAAAUUAUUAUUUGUAACAAACAUUUGAAUAAGAAGCGUUUGAUAUUGUUGGAGUUUUCCUUGAGGAUCUAGAGCAUGCUUUUGAAUUGUUGGUUGCAAUCUUAUGGCUCGAGAAUAGUUCAUUUAUAAUCCUGGUGGUUUUUGUAUUUGAAGCUGGUAGGAGUGUUGCUAAGUUAGUGAAGUGCAAUGUGAAUGUCCUGCUGGUGGUUUUAUCUGGAAAUCAUAUGAAGCUCACAAUCUUGAACUGAAAGCUGGGAACAACAGAAAAAAUCAGGAAAAAAUAUGAGAAAAGAUAGAUAGUGGGUGGGUAAAAACAUGAAGGCCUUUUUUUGAUUGGAAUCUGACUUAAAAGCUUUAGAACCUGGGUAAAAACACUAGGCAUGUUUACAGUAUUGUGAUUUUGACUUUUUUUAUGCUUUUACAUAUUGAAUUGUUAACAACUUUUGGCAUCAUCUAAGAUUAGGGUAUCAAGUAAUAUGUGGAUAUGGGAGCCUUCGGGUAUUUGGUUGUGAUAAGUGGAAAGAAGCCUAAUUAUUUCACCACUGUUAAGGUUUUUUUAGAUCAACUUAUCACAUUGAAGUGUGAAAGGGAAAUAUUGGUUUGUUUGGGCUGGGCUAGCGUAGCGGGAGUGUUUACCAACUGAAGUGGGGAGGAGGAUCGGAAAUGUUAAGAAAUUGAUUGGUUGGAAUUGUGUACCUCUGUCUAAAUUCAGCUUUGGUGAUGUUUAUGAUAUAUUUUAUAAGUAGCUUUGUGAAACAUUGGGUAGAGAUACUGCAAAUGGAAGGGGAGUAGCUUUUACUACACAAUAGUCGACAAGGGUACUCUCCAAUGGCAUCAAACACAACCCCCUUUGAUGUUGGAUCGACACAGACAAUGAAAUGGAUCUUUGUUAUCUGAGGUUGCUAUCAUCCAUCACCACUUGCUAUUUAACAAAAAAAACUCCUAACCCAUGCGUAGGGUCCUUUUCUAGUUUAAAUUAUAUAAAUGG